AACUUUAUAAAAGGCAGAAUUCCCAGCGACCGUCCUCUCUCGAAUCGAUCACCGUCUCCGAUCGCAGAUGCCUAGCCGGAGGGCGAUCGAAGUCCGCACCGGCGACGGGAGCUCGCAGAAGUGGCGAGUCUCCCUAGCGGAGGGCGUCUUCGACUCGUUCGUCGCCCACGGAGGCGCCGCCGCCCGCAGGGUGUUCGGCGAAGGGUCCCUUUUCAGUCCGCUGCUGUUCGGGAAGUUCUUCGACCCCGGUGACGCCUUCCCUCUGUGGGAGUUCGAGGCCGACGCGCUGCUCGCAGGGUUGAGGAACGCGUCCAAGACCGGCGUCGAUUGGUUCGAGACCGACUCCGAGUACGCCCUCAAAGCGGAACUGCCAGUUGGCGUGAGGAAAUGUGAUGCAGAAGUGUGUGGGCAAAGCACGAAGGUGAUCGAGAUCAGUGGGCUAUGGAGGGGCAAGGAAUCCGAGGCAAGGGACUGGAAGUUAGGCCGCUGGUGGGAGCAUGGAUUCGUCCGGCAACUCGAGCUACCGGCCAACGCAAACUGGAAGAAGACAGAGGCGCACAUUGUUGAUGACACCCUCCUGGAGAUCAAAAUUCCAAAGCACAACACUGCUGAUGGAAACCUGCACUGAAUGGCGAGCAGCAAGGAAUCUGAAUCUGUAUUCAAUCGUGGCAACUAGUGCUCUCUAAUUUGACAGAAUAUGUCCAUGGUGGUGGCUGACAGGAAGAAUAAAGAAGCUGUGCACUGAUGGAAGAAGAUGUGUAAUUAAUUGUCUAUUGUUGCUUUAUAGAUGUAGCAUGGAUUUGAUUUAUUGAACAAUGAUAUGAAAUAUUUUGUGAGUUUUCAGAUGAAUUAAAUCAGCACAGGAAAUUUUAAAAUA